AUGGCCCGAUCAGAAGAGGCCGCUGCUUGGACUUAUGCUGUAUACAAUGCAGUGAGAGAAGUCCCGUAUGGGAAAGUCACGUCCUAUGGCCAUAUUGCUCGUCUGCUUGGAAAGCCUGAAUGCCCAAGACAAGUGGGUGUAUCUUUGAAGGCACUUCUAUCUGCUACAGCACAGCCAGAUGCUCACUACAACAACUCAAAUGUACCAUGGCAGAGGAUCAUCAACUCCAAAGGUGCCAUCAGUCCAAGAGGAGUGAACGGAGCUCGUCAACAGGCAACUGCUCUAGAGGCCGAAGGAGUUCAAGUGACGCGAGGAUCACUCGGAGAAUACACGAUCGACUUUACAACCUACGGAUGGUUCCCUGACAGACUUCCAAGCGACCUCAGCGAGGAUGAUCAAGACGAAGAGGACGAAGAAUGA